AUGACGUCAAUUGGUACUGGAUACGAUUUAUCAAAUAGUGUUUUCUCUCCAGAUGGAAGGAAUUUUCAAGUAGAAUAUGCAAUGAAGGCAGUGGAAAAUGGAGGUACUUCAAUCGGUAUCAAAUGCAAGGAUGGCGUUGUCUUGGCCGUUGAAAAAAUCGUCAAUUCGAAAUUAUUAGUGCCUGGUAAGAAUAAGAGAAUCCAAACGGUAGAUCGUCAUAUUGGAGUAGUCUAUUCCGGAUUACUACCAGACGGUCGUCAUUUUGUCAAUAGAUCUCGAGACGAGGCCCAGUCAUUCAAGUCGAUAUUCAAAAUCCCCAUGCCUGUUCCAAAUUUAAUGGAUAGAAUGGGAAUAUAUGUACAAAAUUACACCUGCUACAACUCGGUUAGACCUUUUGGUGUUGUUUCGAUAGUAGGAGGGGUUGAUGACGAUGGACCACAUUUGUACAUGAUUGAACCGAGUGGAACUUGUUGGGGAUAUAGUGGAGCAGCUACCGGGAAAGGACGUCAAAUUGCCAAAUCUGAGUUGGAAAAAUUAAACUUUGAAGAAUUGACUUGUAAGGAAGCUGUUAAAGUUGCGGCCAAAAUUAUUCAUUUGGCACAUGAGGAUAAUAAGGAUAAGGAUUAUGAAUUGGAAAUUUCAUGGGUCAGUAAAGAACACACGGGCGGAAAACAUCAAUUAAUACCAGAAGCUGUUUUGGCAGAGGUUAGAAAACAAGCAGAAGAGGAAGAUGACGAAGAUGAGGAUGAGGAAGAAGGUGACGAGAAUAAGGAUGAGGAAAUGGAAACAUGA